UGUGCGUCCCAGUAAAUAAACAAGGGGAUUUAGAUGGUGGUGGUGGGUGCAGACUCAGCCAUCCCAGUUUGCAUCAACGCGCCUUUUGCAAUCGCCCACUUCUCUUUUCAGAGCUCGAUUUUCUCUCGAAACAAUAUUCUAUGUGAUUUUCCCUCGGAACAAUUAUCAAUUAUCUCUCGAAACAUUUUUGAGUUAUUCAUGUAGUAGUCAUGCUCGCGGUAACGGGACAGGGGGUGUGUGAUGACUUGGGGCGUUGCGGUGGGACAGAGCGCUUGGAGGGGAAUGAUUGGGGUGAGUAGAGUACCCUGAGUAGGCUACACGGGACCCUGCGGCUACGGCUUCUAACAAAAUGUAGCCACACACUCAAGUGAUUACGCACGUACUUGUUGCUCAUGUAGAAUUCUCUUUGCUGGAUGAAUCACUUGCUGCUGGAUUUAAAAUGAACUUGCGAUGCAUGGCCGAAUCGGUUGCCAGGUUGUCUUGAUAUUGAUGGUGAGGGAGUUGCUCUCUGCGAAGAUAGUAUUAAAUAAUUAACAGGCCGAAAGUGAAAGUAAUUCGUCUAUACAUCUGCGUAUGAACCACACAGACGUAGCGAGGCCAAUCUGUCUGUCUUGCCGCUCAAGACAGAAUAGAUCUUGUCGAUAUGUGGUUUUAGCGCCCCGGCGUUCAGAAUCGCACGUUUGUUGCAGAGGUGGAGACUGAAGUUGGGAAUUUCCAAGUCGGUAGUGAGUUUUAUGUCUGUGACAGGGCAGCUAGCAUGUAGUGGCUUUCAAGCAUGCCCCUUGUAGACGUCGUCGCCUAACCAACAGAAAGCGCGGACCUCUCAGGUUCAAGCAGAAGUCCCGGGGAUGUAUUUGUGAAGGCAGGACAUUACAGUACAAGACAGAAGAGUUGCAGCCAAAUGUGGUCCGGUCCACAGCAGUCGCAUGUGGUCCUGUGUCCUUCAGACUGCACUUGAUCUCUGACUCUCGUCUCCUUCUGCAGUUUGCAGACGCUGCAGGGACUCCGGAAUGUCCGCCAGAUGAGAGUGUGACAGACUGCUGCAUCAACAGGGGACAGUUGGCCCCAAACAUCCGCAAAGACGACCAGAGAGAGGAGAGAGGGACUUGGACCCUGAAACCACCAGAGAAGAGAGGGACUGGAAACCAGAGCCACCUGUUGAGAGGGAUUGGAACCCAGAACCACGUCCUGACAGGAAAGGGGGACUGACACCCGCAACCACCUGUUGCCAGGAGAGGGCAAAGUGAAGUGCCAAACGGAUUGUUGAGAGAGUGAAGAAGGAGUGUAAGCUAAAAGGACUUCUUGCGAGAGGACAGAGGGAGUGGAACAAGCCAUCAAAGGAGAGAUAGGGCUGGAACCACUUCAAGCAUGGCAUGGCUACGAGUAUGGAUCUCAAGCUGGCUCCUUGGUCUAGUGGUGAUCCACCCAGGCAUGAGUCAGCAGCCGCCUGGCUCUGAUCCUCUCUGCAGAGCCCUGGCGGUGGUCAACAGCAGUCUAGCACUCAGGGAACGAGUGCACUACAUGAAGCACAACAUGCCCAUAAACUACACAAUACCAGUGCACUACGAGGAGAUCUUUAAGCUGAAGAACGUCAGCAGGCUGAGGAGGAACGUGGAGGGUCUGGAGGACGUGGAUCUUCAGGAGACAUGGCUGCGUGUGAACCAGGGCAUUCUGGGUAGGAUCAAGGACGUGCUGCCGCCACGCCACCCCUCACGCAACUACACAGAGAACCUGGACACGCUCUUCAGGAACCUGGGACAGAUCUUCCCCGAGGGGAGGGAGCCGCCGGAGCGUAUCGAGCGUAUCUGGGAUGUCCUGGGCACGAAGUUGGCGGGGCGGGCCACCACCACCGCCACGCCCAAAUCCCUCCUGGACAACUGCUACCACACCAUGCACUGCAUCUUCACCUCCUGCUUCCCCUCACACGCAGACUACUGCCAGCGAUCGCACUGGCGAGGGGAGAAGAAGGCCGCUCUGAAGAAGGCUCUGGAUGUUCCACAGAACUGAGGAGCGUUGCGUUAACCCCCUCAGCUCACAGCUGUGCAGCUGUACUGCCUGCGAAGACUGCAGCUCUUCGUUUAAAUCUUCCCGUUCUGUGCAACUGUGACGGCUGACCCGCUGUUCUUCUAUUCGUCUAGCGUCUCCUUGUGUCUGCAGAAGAGUGGGAUGUCGGGAAGGAAAGGGAGAAUGCUGGAAACUGAAUGAAAGAGACCAUUGUGGGAAUUCUCGUGGAGCUUGAACUGCCAAAAUAAACACAAACUGUCCAAUAGCCUGCGCGCAUCUGGCCCGGCGCUGCGCCGCACCUGCCCCGCACUCUGCCCUUGUUACUAUGACAACAGGGCACCAAGGGAGCCCAUACAGAUGUGCUGCUGCAGCUGUGGCCUUGUGGCUUGCUUACACACACACACACAUACCAACACCCCAUACACACACACACACACACCCCUCCACUCACCACCACAUAACAAGCAUGUCCAUCCAAGCCUGUGCUAUGUUGAUGUCUGAGUACUAUUUCAGCGCUGCUGUAACUCAAGUCUGGCAGCAGGACAUGGAUAGCGCAAAGCGAGGAAGACUCACGCAUCCAGGAAAUCACGUCACAGCUUCUGGCAAUGACACUGAUAUGACACUGAUGUGUUCUGAUGAGUGUGACAGUGACACACAGUAGCGAGGCAACAGGUGUGUGUUCGUCACACCACCCAACUCCACUCGAGCGCAACUCAUCGACUCUUACGGGAAAGUACAGGACACGUGUGCCGUCCGCCCGGCAGCUCUGUCGGACACAGGUCGAGGACUUAAUGCAUUCAGGCAUGCUGCCAUACGCAUGUGCACGGCCAAACAGCAGACUGCAGUCCUAAAGAACGCCUGUGCAUCAGGACCUGAGACAUUAAAUGACAUUUUAACAUGACCAGCAGCAGCCAUGAACUCCUGUCCCUCCUGUCCUCCUGUCAGAGGACAUUAUCUUCUUAGUCUGCAGUGGCUGGCACUGCUGCCUUGUCUACAGUGUCUCUGCAGAGGGCAUGCCACACUCCAUGGCAAAGGGCUCCUGUCCACCCUUCCUUGCGGCAUCUCUGGCUGUCGAGAAAAAAAAAGGGUUCAUUUAUUUUCUAUUAUGCUUUUGGCUUAAAUGGCAAACGGGCAGAGGUGCCCCCUGGAGUGUGGGGUAAUGCCGAGAGAGAUAUAUCAGAUUGUAAUGUAUUCCGAAAAGGUGAAUAUCCAAUUGUGAUGUAUUAAGAGAAGGCGAUUUUGAGCAGGUCAGAUUAUGCUAGAGUGAGUGUUGUUGCCCUAAUCAUGUGCCAGUUCGCAUUCAUAAUCACCAGCUCACUUCAUUUGUGAUGUGGCGGUUUCUACAGAGGAGUGGAGGCUGUUCUGCACAGCACCAACAGUAUGCAGUAUAUCUAGUUUGCCAGUGUACACACAUACCAGCCUCCAUGUUGAAAUCUCAUCCUGUCUUCAUAUUGAAAUUCAAUCAUCGUUAUCUAUCACAGGUUCAGUAGUAGUAAAUGCAAAACACAUUGAAAUCAGUCGUCUGGCCAUUGGCUGGUUUUCCACAGAUAUAUUGUAAUAAAACACAAAUGUUCCUGAAUUUACAUGAGAUUAUCAAAGAAGCACAUUUGCACAGAUUUGGUCUCUUUUAUUAUUAUUUUUUAUCAUUAUUAUUUUAUUUAAAUGACUGUGUAAAUGUGCCCUACAAGAGAGCCUCGUCAUAGUUAAGUUCUAAACAGAGUCAUUUUACUGUCGCGAUGCCUCUAAGAAUGCCUAUUCUUACUGAUGGUGGCUUCUCUAUGCGGUUGCUGUUGUAUGGCUCCGUGAUGUCGUGACGGCUGGUUUUCUGCCUGUGUAAAUUACAUACAGAUGUUGCUGACUUGCUGGCAUGGUCAGGACUUUCCCUCGUGAUUUACGCUUCUAACUCUGGACUUUCCUAUUGAGCAGCUUCAACAAAACAUUGUCUUUUGCGUUUGAUCAUAAAAAAGCUACUGUUUUGUGUCUGUUGAACUAGUGUAUGACUGUAUGUCCCCUGAGAGUUUUUAGUAUUGUUUACUUUAGUUAUUUAUUUUUGUACGCUUUUAGCACUGUUUCAAUGUCAUAUGAAUAAAAACAUAAAUAAAUCAA